GGCAGUUGUGUUGCUUCAUGGUGUCCAAUAUGAGAGUCAAAUAGUAGACAUAAAUUUAUUGAUGUGUCACAACAUAAAAAAGUAGUAGAUGUUAUGGAAUAAAAAGUUUUUUUAGAUUUUUUUACUGUUAUACAGUCAAUGUUUGGAGAAUCGAGAGCUAAACAAAUCAAAUGUGAACGGACCUGCGUGCUAACAAGUUUCAUAAUUUCACGAUGCUGUGAAAAUUGACCUUGAUACAAAGAAAUUUGUUUGUAGCCUAACCUGUAAUUUAUUGCAGAGAAGGCUGUUGAUCUUUGUAAAAUUUGAAUUAAGCGUAAUAAAGGGGAAUCUCGAUGGAAGGUAAUCAAACACAGCCCUGUGAAAGAGAGUAUUCGACAGACGUACAAGAUGAUGCGAGAGGAAUAGAGAAUUGGAGGCUGGCUCCAUCUCCAGAUUCCCCUCGUAAGCAUGUUAAAUCAACUUCAGUUGUUAAAUAUUCAUCCGUACAAUCCUACGCAAACUUUGCCCUCCUACAGUGUAAUACAUACUUGAAUUUGCCACCUUCCAAUUGGCUAAGCAGUUCUGCUGAAUCAUAUGGCCUUCAAUAUGUAUCAUCCCAUUCUUCAGGGUUUUCAAGUUUCCGGAUGGCUCACAUGUUUCCAGAUUGUGUGGGUGAAGUGGAUUUUGUUUCAGACGCAGAGAAUAUAAAGAAACUGUUGAAGAUCCCGUACAGUAAAGGGCCGGUAAGCAUGAUGGUACAUCGGAUUGAGAACACUCUGCUUAUUGAUGAGUUUGAUAUACAUAAACACCUGCUACGGACUGCAGAAACAGAGUGGGAGUGGCUGAAGAAAUUCUUUUUCGAUCACGUUCUGAAAUCCUUGAAUGACAAGGAGAAGCGGUUGUUCCACAAGAAUAAUAGCCGUUGUGCUCUGCAACAGAAGAGUUUGAUGUCAAAGUUCCUGUACCAUAGUCUCGCUGUAUCAGAACCAAAAAAUUAGGAAAGUGAGAUGCAGGAAAAUAACAUGGAGGACAUUGACGCUCCUCUGUCGAUGCCCGUGGCGACGGUGAGUCUUUGUUUGCCAGAGCCAAGGCCAGAGGAGAAUCUUCCUGACCCAACAUUUAACCACAAGUUUGCGCGCAAUGUUGUGUGGACGUUUGAGGAUAUCCAGAUGCUUAUCGGUACAGAUAUGCCCAUAUUUUGGGACACAACUCACCCAUGCAUCAGCCUCAGGCUCAGGUACAUUUCAGUUAAAUUCAAGUUCUUCGGAUUUAAAUAUGCGCUCAUAAAGACGGAAGACCUGCCACACAUGGAGAACUCAAAGUUUUCACCAAAAGUUAUCAGAGAUGUUGCCCAAAAUAUUCUGUCUUUCCUCAAGUCUAAUGCCACCAAGGCUGGGCACACAUACUGGUUAUUUAAAGGUAAAGACGAUGAUGUGGUGAAGCUGUAUGACUUGACGUCUCUGUGCACAGAUGUGAUGGAUGACAAGGGACAGAACCCAUUCACUGUUCCCGUGGCAAUGUUACUUUAUAGGGUAGCAAGAAAUAUGAAGCAUUCGUCAGAUGGACGGAGGCAGCAAGGGACCAUUCAAAUACUACUUAAAAAUUGUCUGACUCUGUUUGUGGAGGAGAAGUACUCUCAGAUAGUAACUUCAGCACACUACAUGAUGUCAGAUCUGUAUGUACCUGAUGAUACAGAUCCUGCAUCACCUGGACUAGAUGGACCAUUGAAUGAUGAGGACUGUGGAAACUGCGACCAAAAUGGAAUGGAGGAUGAAGGAAAGAGUAGUGAGGAUGAUAAUUUAUUUGAAGGUCCAUAUGAACAGGAUCCUUCCAUCCUUUUCUCGGACUGGGGCCUGUUCAUAUACUUGAAACCUGAAAUCUCACACUGUUUCUGUAUUUCUGUCGCGUUUGUUCAGAGCCUGGAAGAGGCGGAGAGGGAAGUGGUGGAGUAUCUCAUGAGAGCAUUGAAAUAUUGCGACCUUGACACGCCAGGCCCGCGCCAGCCUGUUUAUCAGUUCCGUGCUGCCACCAUCCAUCACCGACUCGCAUCUCUGUACCACAAGUCCUAUAGGACCCUGACAGCAGAUGAUGCUCGCCGCAAAAACGUGUUGUUGUUGUCGCGUCUGCACUAUGAGAAAUCGAGUCACCUGAUGUUACAGCUGGAGCAUCCAUUGGAUUUCUUGCGAAUUCAGUUGGAGCGUGUUGUUGCACUGUGUAGUAUGGUAGAUGUUCAGCAUGCUCACCACUUGACCCCAAGGUUUACAGGUUUAAACCCGGGCAAGGUCGAUGGAUUUUUAAGGGUGAUAAAAGUCCGUAGCACAACUCCCUUCAGGGGGAAAGUAAAAUUGGCAGUCCCAUGUCGUAGAUUUACGGCAGAACCUUACAAGCAUGAACGAGAUGUUUUGUAAGCAAAAUUCAGUGGCCAUUUUUUACCCAAGUCUCUCCCGGAUUCACUACUAGAUGGAUCUAACAGACAAAUUAAAAUUGAGUAGAAAUUGUGCAGAGGCAGCGGGCUUGUCACUCACUACUCAUAAAUGCACACGUCAAAAGACAAAGAAACCUCCUACAUGGGAGGAGGCCAAGGCUCAGAUCAGGCUAUUGCGCCAUGAACAGAAGUAAUGUGUACAUCUGGUACACCUGAUCUCGUAGCUUGGUGUCUCCGAACGUGAAAUAAGCAAGGUGACCCCCAGCCUCAGAAGCAGCCAUUAAUUGCAACAGUGUCUUGAGUUUAGCAACACCUCUAAAAGCAGCACAACCCCAAUUACCUGAUG